CCCAGAAGGCCUCACGGCAAACCGUACAAACUUCCGGUCAGGAAGAUGGCGGCUUCCUAGAGCCGUGAGAUUGACUGGCCGCGGUGCCUGGGAUGCAGAGUGGAACCUGGCGGAGUGACCGCGCGUGAGCUUUGUGUCGCUGUGGUCAAACUUCGAUACGGCUUGCUGCAGCUCCAGGUUCGUUCUGUUUGAGGAGCUGGGGGCUGCGCAGUCCCGAGACGUCACCCCGAGAAACGCACAUCCAUUGCACGGUCGGCGACUUGGGCUUCUGCCUCCCCACAGACCUGAUCACCCGAGUCCGCUCCCGGCUCUCGUGCACGAUCCAGUCACCCAGGCGCUGUAGCCUCGGGUGACAGAAACCCAGACACAAGCUCGCCAAAGCCAGCAAGGCAAGUGGGGCGCCCAGGAAAGGCUUCAGGCACACCUGGAUCCAGGGCGUCUCUUCGCGCAGGCGCCGCCUCAGAGGAAAAGGAGCUUUAGGAAACCUUCAACUGUAUCGUCUCAGCUCCGCAAACCAAUUAAGUCUCUUUUCCUUUUCUGUCUCCCGGAACUCUCAGGUGUGGGAGCCACCGAAGGUCUUAGUGGGUCAAAUAGCCACCUCUGAGUUUUCCCGGUGACCAGGCAGUUGUGUUUAUUGGCCCAGUGAAAGGCAGAGACGGUGUUUGCCCUGUUGUAAGAAGUGGAAAGCUAAGAUUGGGACACAGUUCAUUUGGUAGAGUGCUUGUAGCUAAGCAGGAUCCUGGCUUCCGCUAUCCCCUCUCCAUCCAAGCACCUAGGAGCCAUGGAGGUGGCUGAGGCCAAUAGCCCCACUGAGGAGGAGGAAGAAGAGGAGGAGGAGGAAGGGGAGGAGCCGACACUUGAGCCCAGACCUCACACGCGCUCCAACCCUGAGGGGGCCGAGGACCGGGCCCUGGGAGCUCAGGCCAAUGUGGGCAGCCGCAGCGAGGGUGAGGGUGAGGCGGCCAGUGCAGAUGAUGGGGCAGCCAGUGUCCCAGGAGCCGGGCCCAAGCCCUGGCAGGUACCAGCACCAGCACCUGAGGUCCAGAUUCGAACACCACGGGUCAACUGUCCAGAGAAGGUGAUCAUCUGUUUGGAUCUUUCGGAGGAGAUGUCUGUGCCAAAACUGGAGUCCUUUAAUGGCUCCAGGACGAAUGCCCUGAACGUGUCUCAGAAGAUGGUCGAGAUGUUUGUGCGCACGAAGCACAAGAUUGACAAGAGCCACGAGUUUGCACUGGUCGUAGUGAAUGAUGACUCCGCUUGGCUGUCUGGCCUGACCUCUGAUCCACGUGAGCUCUGCAGCUGCCUGUACGACCUGGAGACAGCGUCCUGCUCCACGUUCAAUCUGGAAGGCCUCUUCAGUCUCAUCCAGCAGAAGACCGAGCUGCCAGUCACGGAGAACGUGCAAACCAUCCCGCCCCCCUACGUCGUGCGCACCAUCCUGGUCUAUAGCCGCCCGCCCUGCCAGCCCCAGUUCUCCCUGACAGAGCCCAUGAAGAAGAUGUUCCAAUGUCCUUACUUCUUCUUCGACAUCGUGUACAUCCACAAUGGCGCCGAGGAGAAGGAAGAGGAGGCGAGGUGGAAGGACAUGUUCUCCUUCAUGGGCAGCCUGGAUACUAAGGGCACUAGCUACAAGUAUGAGGUAGCACUGACUGGACCUGCUCUCGAGCUGCACAACUGCAUGGCCAAGCUGCUGGCCCAUCCGCUGCAGAGGCCCUGCCAGACCCAUGCCAGCUACAGCCUGCUGGAGGACGAGGAGGCCAGCGAGGGAGAAGCCACCGUGUGACCCGUGACAUUUCUGCACCACUGGGGAGCUCUGUGCACCCACGUCCGCUCCUACUGUGUCCGCUGUAAAUUCAUCCUUCCUGGGACAGUUUGUCACCAGAAUAAAAUCUGCGGCUGCUGA